GGCUCGUUGCGCAUUCGGGUUUAACAGCCACGGUGUCAUUCACAAUAAUCCCACACGUUUGAUACAUCUCUGGAUUAUGUAUUCAGUUCUGUAUUGAUUGUUAAUUUGUUAUUUAAACCCGAAUAAAUUAAUUCUUUUUAUUUUAUUUUUUAAACUUGAAACGCAACAGGUUUAGGAACUGCUCUGUCUCUGUUAAGAGGACAUUGGAAGACUAAAGUUUGAAAGCAGGAUGAAACAAGCAUGUGAAAGUGUUCUGAGCUGCAGUUUUCUGCCUUGCUUCAGUUUGUCACCUGUAGAUGCAGUGAACUGUAGCCAGUGGAAGCUCUGCAACCUUGAAGCAAUUACAAGGAAGGUGAUACUUGUUGGACCAGCAGGCUGUCUCUUCAUUUACAUUAAAGGCUUUAUUAAAUGAGUUCUCUUUUACAAUAUGUUAAUAUUACUUCUUAAAAAAAAAAAAAAAAGUUUGAGUGAUUACUGUCACAUUUACCAUUUUCCCAAUAUUUCUUUUACAAAUGUUAUCUCUAAAAUUCAUAUAUUUUGUGUCUUCUUGAAAUAACAUACCAACCCUAAGCACAUUUUCAAACUCCUCCCUCUCUUCACUCCAGGUGGUGAAUGAGCUGAAGUCAAGCUGGUUGUGAAGGUGCUGGACUUUUCCCCCCCUACACCCCAAGCCGGACACAGCAUGGCGGCGGGAGUAGCGGCAUGGCUUCCCUUUGCCCGGGCUGCCGCAAUCGGCUGGAUGCCCGUGGCGAAUUUGCCCAUGCCAGUGGCACCAACUGAAAAAAACAAGAGGCAGGAUGAGGUCAUCAUUCUCAAUGUCAGUGGACGGCGCUUCCAGACCUGGAGGAACACGCUGGACCGCUACCCUGACACUCUGCUCGGCAGCUCAGAAAAGGAGUUCUUCUACAACGAGGAGACCAAAGAGUACUUCUUUGACCGAGAUCCUGAUGUUUUCCGCAGCGUGCUCAACUUCUACCGCACAGGCAAGCUCCACUAUCCACGCUAUGAAUGCAUCUCCUCUUAUGACGAGGAGCUGGCUUUCUUUGGCAUCGUACCAGAGAUCAUCGGGGACUGUUGCUAUGAAGAGUACAAGGACAGGAAGAGGGAGAACGCAGAACGCCUGAUGGAUGACCAAGAGGACAACAAAGAUGCUAAGCUGCCUAAUAUGACCUUCAGAGAGACGAUGUGGCGAGCUUUUGAGAAUCCUCACACUUCCACCAUGGCUCUGGUCUUCUACUAUGUAACUGGCUUCUUCAUCGCCGUCUCCGUCAUCACCAACGUGGUCGAGACGGUGCCCUGUGGUUCAGCUCCCAACCAGAAGGAAGUGCCGUGUGGCGAGCGCUAUACCGUGGCCUUUUUCUGCAUGGACACGGCUUGCGUCAUGAUCUUCACCGUGGAGUAUCUGAUGCGUUUAUUUGCAGCACCAAACCGCUACCGCUUUAUGAGAUCCGUAAUGAGCAUUAUCGACGUGGUAGCCAUCUUACCCUACUACAUUGGACUGGUGAUGACCGACAAUGAGGAUGUGAGCGGCGCCUUUGUGACACUUCGCGUUUUCCGCGUGUUUCGUAUCUUUAAGUUCUCCCGACACUCGCAGGGCCUGCGCAUUCUGGGCUACACGCUGAAGAGCUGUGCCUCGGAGCUGGGCUUCCUACUCUUCUCCCUUACAAUGGCCAUAAUUAUCUUUGCUACCGUCAUGUUUUACGCCGAGAAGGGUUCAAGCUCCAGCAAAUUCACCAGCAUCCCAGCCUCCUUCUGGUACACCAUCGUUACUAUGACAACACUCGGAUAUGGAGACAUGGUUCCUAAGACGAUUGCGGGGAAGAUCUUUGGGUCAAUUUGCUCUCUAAGUGGAGUGCUGGUAAUUGCCCUCCCUGUCCCUGUCAUCGUCUCCAACUUUAGCCGCAUCUAUCACCAGAACCAGAGAGCUGACAAGCGGCGGGCGCAGAAAGUACAGAAAGCCCGUUUGGCCAGGAUAAGACUGUCAAAGGCAGGAAGCUCGAGUGCCUUCCUUCACAGCAAGCGGAACGGCCUGUUCAACGAAGCUCUGGAGCUCACACAACUUCCAUACAAGAUGAGCCUUUCAGAACAGAGUUCCACCAAGGAGGAGCAACAUUUAGGCAAGUCUUCGUCUCUUUUAGAGAGCCAGCACCACCACCUGCUGCACUGUUUGGAGAAAACCACUAACCACGAGUUUGUGGAUGAGCAGUAUUACCAGCAGAGCUACCUGGAGGGGGGGCUGCAGAACUAUCCCCCUCGAAGCCCCUCCCUGUCCAGCCAAGACGGCGUGACGGGGACGUGCUGCAGCCGCCGAAGCAAGAAGCACAACACACCUUUACGGAACGCCAGUGCCCCAGCACACAUGCAGCCUUUGACUCACCCGCAGACGCACCACCACGGCCUGCAGGAGCUCAGCACCAUCCACAUCCAGCCUCUCAGCACCAGUCGCUCCAGUUUGAACAUGCGCAUAGAUGAGCCAGCACCUCUGAACUGCCAGAGCAGCCAGAUCACCACAGCAAUCAUCAGCAUUCCCACACCGCCAGUGACAACUCCUGAGGGCGACGCCCACCUGCCCACUGGCCCGAGUCAUCAAAAUGUUGUGAAAGUGUCUGCACUUUGAGGACUGGAGUUCUGGGGGGUCCACACUGAAAGACAGAUUAAGACUAAUUAAGACAGACAAGGACUGAUGGAGAAGGCGCUCAGAGACCAGGACAAGCCCAAGCGGAGCCUGCCCCCUGCUGGCCAUGCGCUGUAACAACAUGGACUCCCAGUACAGACGGGUGGUUGUUAGGAUCUUCAUGUUAGUAUUUGGCAUAAGUGUGCACAUACAAGAGUGUGUAAGUGAGACAGCAGAAGAAAAAGUAUGGAAGCAAGUGCUUCCUGUUGUGUCGGGUGAUUCUCCCAAAUGUGUCACUGUGCAAAAAAAAGCACCUUUUUAAUGAUUCCUGCUUCACUUUAACAGGACAAAGAAGGGAAAACUCAAAGGGAAAGGAAAAAAAAGUACAUAAUCUGAUGUUUUUCUGCAAAUCUGUAACCCUGCCCUUUUAUUUGGUAACAUUUUGGCCCGCUUUAUCAUUUCGACAAAUUUAAUAUUAUUUCAAGCUAAUACGUGAAAGUGACUGAGUGUCUCUGUGAUGACAUGAAGGGUUUGUGACAGAGUGUAUGUGCAUCUUUGUUAAUAGAGGUGUUCCUGAAAGGAAGCGCGUUUGUGUGUGAGUGUUUCUCAGCCGACUGCAAACGUGUGUUUCGAUUCUUCUGUAGGGGUCUCUCUGGUUUAGUAUCCGGUAUAUUUGCCUAGCUGCCACUCUGAGGGGUUCAUCGCACAUGUUUCUGUCCAAAAUUCUCAGCUACAAGGCUUGUAAAACAAUAUGUGCCUCUUUUGCCAGCGUAUUAAAAAGAAAUAUAUUUGUUUUGUAAAUUAUUUCUCCUUCUUUUCCCUUUUAAAGCCCCCUCUGACCUCAGAUGACUCAGUAUAUUUUUAACAAAGGAAUGGAAAAUAAAAAAAAAUCAGUUUAAAUCUUAAUGUCCACAAUAAAAGCACAAGGCGUUUGCUGAGAAUUUCUGACACAAAUCUGCCCUGAGCCUGUGAUCUUUGUGAAUAUUGUUAAUAGAAUAUUUUGUAAUAUUUGACCAUCGUUUGGCAGAACCAGUGAAGCCGUCCUCUUGUUAUAACUCUCCUCUCUGCACCCUUCUUGUUGUUGUCCUGUUGUAUCCUAACCUUCUAUGUAUACAACAGUAUGCUUUCAGUAGUCUUUAUGGCCGUCAGUGUUUUAUCUUCCAAACUCAGCGAGCAUUUUUCAGAGUUGUUGGGUAUGUGUACUCUGUGUGGUAAGGAAACUUGGUGUUUGUACUUUCUGUCCUCCUUGCUGUUUCAAGGGAUUUUAUUUAUUUAUUUAUUUUAUUUUUGAAUUAUUAUUCUUUACUUUCUCUUCUGGAGACUUUGAAAGCAAGGUUUGUUGUUGAGGUGACUGCAAGGACUCAAAGGACAUUGGAUCUGUGGAUCUCUGCCACCUUCAAAAAAAAAAAAAAAAGCUAUGCCGGUCUGACUGUCCCUCCCAAACGAGAAGCUCCUAUCACCAAAGUUUGUAAGAACUAAUGACUAAUGGUGGACAUUCAGUCCAAACUGCUGCCGCUCGUAUGAACUGUAACAUCUCAUUAAUAGGAACCCAGUUUACACAAACAGGAAAGAACAGAUGCAGUGGGAGCAGACCAACAACUGUUAAGUAAUCUAUUCCACAGAAGCAGAAUGUGAGCAUAACUAUAUCUGAGCAUCCUGAGAACUCCUGCUUCACUCCUCGUGGAUCCUGUGAACCUAAAGCCAAAACUACUAUACAAAAUCGGGGUGUGCUGAUCUCCAAUCUUCAUAGUAGUGACCUAGUACUGUCGUUGGUACUGUGACGAUUGCCUUCAUCCCCUUAGAUGUUUGGUCGACUGUGCUCUAAUUUACAUAGAGUAUAAAAAAGAAAACAAGCACAGGCAGACAAAGCUUAGUGUAUUUUAAAAGUAAGUUUAAAGACAUUGUCUCCACAAGUCGGAUAAUCAAAAAAAAAAACAAAAAAAAAUUCCACACGUGAUGUCUAGGUUGAUAAAGAAGUAAGGCUCUGCACAUUUUGUUGCUGAGAACGAUUAAAUGUCUUAUUUCCUGCUUCACUACAGGUUUCUUCACUUUCAGAUGACUAUAUUCCGCUCAAAAGUGUCAAAAAGACUGUAUUUUUAUUUCUUAACAAAUACAGAUCUGUGGUUGUGUUUGUCUCUUUCUCUGUUACGUAGUUUCCUUUGUCUUCUCUUGGCACUCACUCGGUUCUCCUCUCACUCUUUGCCUUCCUGUGCCACCUGUCACUGUUGAGACUUCUGCUGUGCGUAUCUUUGUCAGGUGUUGGAUAUUAUUUAUGACUUUGUCUUGUGUCCCGACUGUGAAUCGCCUGAUAAAACAUCUAUAUCUGCCACAAA